AUGCGCAACUGCAGUAACUUCUUCUUCGUCCGCCCUGCAACUCUUCUCUCUUGGUCCGAACUCUUCUCUCUGCCCUCUCUGUCGUCCGGGGCUGAACUGAACUCUCUCUGUCUGGCCUACAAUUCUUCUGCCUGUCUGGCCGGCAACUCUUCUGCCUGUCUGGCCUGCAAUUCUUCUGCCUGUCUGGCCGGCAAUACUUCUGCCUGUCUGGCCUGCAAUUCUUCUGCCUGUCUGGCCUGCAAUUCUUCUGCUUGUCUGGCCUGCAGCUCUUCUGCCUAUCUUCUGCCUGUCUGGCCUGCAACUCCCUUGUCUGGCCUGCAGCUCUUCUGCCUAUCUGGCCUGCAAUUCUUCUGCCUGUCUGGCCUGGUAGCUCCGCUCCAACUUCUCUGCGGCUUUCAGGCAAUUUUCUUCUCUUUGACUUGCUUGUCUGGCUUGGGCCAAACGCCGACCCUCUUCCCCAUCUGGCCUGAACAAUUCCGUCCUGCUGCCUGUCUGGCGGUGCCAAACGACCUGGUCGACCCUUCUCCUCUUUCUCGCAAUCACGGACCGCGAAUGAACUGGUUGGGCGUCCCGUCCUUCGUCCGUCUCCAAUCGGGCGUUUCUGGCUGUGAACUGAGCUCUCUGUCGUCCGGGGCUGAACUGAGCUCUCUGUCGUCCGGAGCUGAACUGAACUUCUUCUGGCCCGUACUUCUUCUGCCUGUCUGGCCGGCAACUCUUCUGCCUGUCUGGCCUGCAAUUCUUCUGCCUGUCUGGCCGAAUACUUCUGCCUGUCUGGCCUGCAAUUCUUCUGCCUCUCUUCUGCCUGUCUGGCCUGAACUCCGCUUGUCUGGCCUGCAGCUCUUCUGCCUAUCUGAAUUCUUCUGCUUGUCUGGCCUGCAGCUCUUCUGCCUGUUGGCCUGCAACUCCGCUUGUCUUCCUGCAGCUCUUCUGCCUGGCCUGCAAUUCUUCUGCUUGUCUGGCCUGCAGCUCUUCUGCCUGUCUGGCCUGCAACGGCAGGCCAACUCCGCUUGUCUCCUGCAACUCCACUUGUCUGGCCUAUUUCUUCACCUAUCUGGGUUGCAAUUCUUCCCUGUCUGGCCUGCAGCGGCUUUCUGCAAUUUUCUUCUCUUCGCUUGGCUGCAACUCUUGGUCCGGGCCAAACGGACCGACCCUUCUUGCCCGCUCUCCCGUCCGCUCUCCAACUGCUCUGGCCUUCCAACGCAACUCUGA